AGCAGCUCUACAACAACACAACCACAAACCACGCGACCCAGUCAUCAAUUUUAUCAGACUGAACCUUGCAAAUCUUUGUAUUUUUACGUCAACAACUGGCUAAUCGAUCGUUGGAUAACUAGAAUUGCAAAGCAACUUAUACCAUUGCAUGCUACCAACCACCAAAAAGGCCUUUGCUGCCCAACCAAAUAACCACCCAACGGUCAGGCUACCCGUUCAAAUACUCUCUGGAUAGCGGCGCAUCAUGUCGCAAGAUCAGGGGCUUUGGAGUGUCCGCAGAGCUAGGGAGACUCUGGGAAACCUUAACCUCAACUCUGCCAUCCCACAACCACCAUCAGCCAUGAAGCGCUCGAGCUCAAUAGCCGGGCAGGGUGCGCCGUACACCGCCGGUCACUCACGCUCACUCUCGGGCUCGCGACAGUCUCUCGCCAUGUCGCGCCCCAGCCAGCCCGUCUUCCAGCGCACUUCGACGGGGGCAAGCGCCGGCGAGUUUGGCCUGUCGUCCGUCAAGCGGCCUUCGUCUUACCAGAACCACACCAGCACCUUCAGCAACAGCAAGGGCUUGACGCCGGGCGGCCGCGCCUCGGUAGACAACAGAGAUAGGAGGAGCAGUGUCUACCAACCGCGUGCAGGCGGGGGUGCCCCUUCGGGAAGCCACCAGAGCUUUUUCCAACAGGCGCCGCAACCAGCUGGCGUACCCAAAGACCCAAGGCCGCUCAAGGACCGGUCGUACCAGAACCGCAUUGGCCAGGAACUGCUAGACUAUCUGACACAGCACAACUUUGAGCUGGACAUGAACCACAACCUCUCGCAGAACGUGAUAAAGUCACCGACGCAGAAGGACUUUAACUAUAUAUUUCAGUGGCUCUAUAACCGUAUCGACCCUAGCUACAAGUUUAUGAAGAAUAUCGACCAGGAGGUGCCGCCGCUACUCAAACAGCUGAGGUACCCCUACGAAAAGGGAAUCACCAAGAGUCAGAUCGCGGCCGUUGGCGGCCAGAACUGGAGCACAUUCCUGGGAAUGUUGCACUGGAUGAUGCAGUUGGCCCAGAUGAUUGAAGGUUUCGCCCUCAAUCGCUACGCUGACGCCUGCCUCGAAGCCGGAGUCGAUACGGUAGGCGACCACAUCACAUUCGACUUCCUUACGGCCGCCUAUGCUGAGUGGCUCGGCAUGGACGAUAGCGUCUCGGAGGAGGAGGCCGACAGACUACUGAAACCGCACAUUGAAGAGAUGGAGGCGGCCUUUGAGCAGGCCAACGCCAAGCAUUUUGAGGAGUUGCGGAUGCUUGAGGCCGAAAACGCCAGGCUGCUCAAGGAGGUGGAAGACCUACAAAAGUCUACCCCGGACCCGGCAAUCUUGGACCAGCACUUCAAGAUUAUGGAGGAGGACAAGGUCAAGUUUGAAGAGUACAACCAGCUGGCGAUUCAGAGGUCGGAAAAGUACGAGAACCGGAUCCAGGUGCUGCAGGAGGAGUUGGAAAAGGUCAUGGUCGAGCUGGCCGAGGCGGAAGAAGAGCGGCGCAGCCUGCAAAAGGCGGUAGACGACCAGGGGAUCAGCAUGCAGGAUAUCGACCGCAUGGCAUCCGAACGGGAGCGUCUGCAAAAGACGAUCGAGUCUGCCGGACAACGGCUGGAGGACGUCAAGAGAAAGGUUUCGGAGAAGGAACUCGAAGCGAGCCUGAAGCUCGAGGAGCUCGAGAGGAUGGUGGAUCGCUACAACACGGUUGCCUACCAGAUAGGCCUCAUCCCGGCGACGGCGGCCAAUGCCAAGGGUGAAGACCUGGAGCUGCACGUCACGGUCAACUCGGGGCCGAGCUUCUCGGGCUCGUCGGCCUCGGCAUCUCAGCUCAAGGGCUCGUACACGGGCGGCAGCAUGGAGAACGAGCGGCUGCUGGUGGACCCCGUGACGGGUUACCAGCCGGCGCACGUGCUGAGCCUUGACCUUCGAGGUCAGGUCAGGAGCAUGCUGACGUCGCUGCGCAAGGAGAUAUCCGAGCGCCGCGGGCAGGCCAUGGACACGAUGAUGAAGGAUCACGACCUGCUGGACAGCAUCAAAGAGGCCAUGGAGGACAAGCGGAACGAGGUCGAGGCCCUCGAGCACCGGGUGCGGGCGGCCGAGGAGGAGUUUGAAAAGACAAAAGAGGUCACCACGGCACAGCGCAUGGCGUCGGACGCCCAGGUCGAGAAGAUGGAGAAGGAGCUGGCCAAGAUGCGCGCGAGUCUGUCGGAAUCUGUCCAACUGCUGGAGCAACGGGAGAUGACGACCAACAUUGAGUAUGAGCAGUUAACACUCAAGGCCAACUCGCUGCGCGAGGAGCUACACACCGAGAUCAUGCGCAUGCUCAACGACGUGAUCAAGUUCAAGAUGCACGUCCAGAAGAGCCUCGAGGAGUACGAAGCCUUUGUGGCGGAUGAGCUGGAGCAUGAGCUCGGGAGCGAAGACAUGAUGAGGGAUGAUGAUGGAAACGAUGGUGAUGGUGAUUCAUGAUACCCGAAGAAUGGAUGACUUACAACAAGAAAGGCAAUCCCUUUUUUGGUUUGUUCAUUCUCUUCUUUUUUUUCUUCUUUUUCUGUCUCUCUCUUCGUAACGACCAGCGUUGUUUUCCAGGAAUUUUGUUUAAUUUACGCUACUGGCGUUCUAGGGAAUGGGCACUCCAUGAUGAUACCGGGCCUAUUUGUGUUCUUUUGGGUUUUGAGACUUGAAUGGGAGGGAAACGGGCGCAUCAGAACUUUUUGGUACGUUUCACAGUGUGUCUUCGAUGAUAGGGUACAUAACGAGAAGUCUCAUGUGUUUGUUGCUCGACGGUGAUCUAUAUGUGCGUGCAGCCUGUAUCCGUCGGGGUAGGAAGCAGGCGUUAAACGGCUGUACGUUGAUUGCACAAAUUUGCCUCUGAGAGGGGACAGGUGGAAAUUAUUUAGUGGUGGGUGGUGGGUGGUGAGGUACUUUACACCAGCGCAACUGCUUGCACAGUAGAGUAGACAACAGGCAUCAGAACAAACCAUAGCCGACAUCGCUUGCAUAUCUACUCGUAACCUUCAAUCCAAUCAAGUACAAUUUUUUACCAGCACCCUGGUGCUGCGCGGAAGCCGGUAUUUUCCGGGGUAGUAGUGGUGUUGCAACUCAAGAGUCUUGCUGGUUGCACGAAGGAAAAGAAAAAAAAAGACAAGGGAGUCGCAAUAAACAUUUUGAACGAAAACCAGUCGGGAAAGCCUCACUCUCGUAUAUGUGCGAACCAGAAAAAAAAAAAAAAAAAAGAAACA